UGUCAUCUUUAUUGGAGAUUAGCAUCAUUCGGAGCUAACAAACAACUGGUUUAAUUCUCUCUGUGUCUUUUUGUGGAUCGGGAGCCUUAGGACCCAGGAGGCACCGUUUUCGAGCAGCAGGAGUUAUUUCACAUAGCGGUACAGUAUAAGGAAACCCCCAUUGGAUCUGGUAUUGCAGGAUACUUGUGAAAUAUACCUUACAUUUCUUCUUUUUCCUUUGCUGCAUCUUGCAUAUGGAGAUCUUGCAUGUGUAGAUGAUCUUUACUCUGUCAAGCUGCAGGGGCAGUGAAGAAUCCCCCAGCAACAUUAUUUUUUUCUUCUUCUUCUGCUGUCCUGUUGAUAACAGACUUCUGUGCAUCUCAGUCCUUUCUCCUCCAGUUUUAUUCCUCCCCUUACCUUCUUCUUGUGCUUCACACCUGGAUUGGAUAUCCUCCACUGAGCAUAACUGGCUACUUUCAGAGCUGGAGGCAUCUCUCAGAAUGGGAUCUUAUGUCUAGAUGGAAUUCCCAGAUUUGAUGGUGAACUUGGCACUUAUGCAUGGGGAUAUUGUUACUCAUUUUUAGCCAAAAAAAUACACCUUUUUUUCUCACACAAGGAUUAAUACGUGGAUCUGCUGUAUAUGCAUUGUGAUGACCAGCUAUCACCUUGCUGACUGAGACCAAGAUCAGAACAAUUUGGAAGAUCGUACUGGAGUUUUUAAGAGCUGAAAGAUGAAAGUUCCCAUUCCACAGUUGAUCCUCCUAUAUGCUACCCUGACACAGAGUUUGAAGGUUGUCACUAAGAGGGGUUCAGCCGAUGGAUGCACUGACUGGUCUGUGGAUUACAAAAAAUAUCAAGUUUUGGUUGGUGAACCUGUACGUAUAAAAUGUGCACUAUUCUAUGGAUAUAUUCGAGCAAACUAUACAUUGGCACAAAGUGCCGGUCUCAGCUUGAUGUGGUAUAAAAGUACCGGGCCUGGAGAUUUUGAAGAGCCAAUUGCUUUCGACGGAAUACGAAUGAGCAAAGAAGAAGAUGCCAUUUGGUUUCGACCAACUGUGACAGAAGACAGUGGCCUUUACGCAUGUGUCAUCAGGAACUCAACUUACUGCAUGAAAGUUUCUAUCUCCCUGGUAGUAGGAGACAAUGACACUGGAUACUGUUUUAAUUCCAAGAUGAAAUACUUUGAAACAGCUGAACUUAGCAAAAGCAAAGAAGUCUUAUGUCCAGAAAUAGAAGAUUUUAUAAUGCCAUACAGGGAGCCAGAAAUCAAAUGGUACAAGGAAUGCAAAGCAAAAACAUGGAGGCCAAGUAUUAUUUUUAAAAGGGACACUCUUGUGAUAAGGGAAGUUAGAGAAGAUGAUAUUGGGAAUUACACCUGCGAACUGAAAUAUGGAGGUUUUCUAGUGAGAAGAACAACUGAAUUGGCUGUAACUGCACCACUUACAGAUAAACCACCAAAGUUACUACAACCUUUAGAAAGCAAGCUGACAAUCCAAGAAGCCCAGAUUGGCAGUUCUGCUAAUUUAACCUGCAGAGCUUUCUUUGGCUACAGCGGGGAUGUCAGUCCAUUAAUUUACUGGAUGAAAGGUGAAAAAUUUAUUGAAGAUCUGGAUGAAAAGCGAGUCAGAGAAAGUGAUACCAGAAUACUUAGGAAACAUUUGGGAGAACAAGAGGUAUCGGUCUCUUUAAUAUUUGAUUCUGUUGAAGAUUCGGACUUGGGAAAUUACUCUUGCUAUGUUGAGAACGGUAAUGGACGGAGACAUGCUAGUAUUUUACUGCAUAAAAGAGAACUUAUGUACACUGUUGAGCUCGCUGGAGGCCUCGGGGCUAUCCUACUUUUGCUUGUUUGUCUUGUAACCAUCUACAAGUGUUAUAAGAUUGAGCUCAUGCUCUUCUACAGAAAUCAUUUUGGAACGGAGGAGUUGGAUGGAGACAACAAAGACUUUGAUGCCUAUUUAUCAUACACAAAAGUAGACCCUGACCAAUGGAACCAGGAAACAGGAGAAGAAGAGAGAUUUGCCCUGGAAAUCCUACCUGAUAUGCUUGAAAAACAUUACGGAUAUAAACUGUUCAUACCUGACAGAGACUUAAUUCCAACCGGAACGUACAUUGAAGAUGUAGCUCGAUGUGUGGAUCAAAGUAAACGACUCAUCAUUGUCAUGACUCCCACUUACGUUGUGAGAAGAGGUUGGAGUAUAUUUGAGUUAGAGACCAGGCUGAGAAACAUGCUCAUCACUGGAGAAAUUAAAGUGAUACUCAUAGAAUGUAGUGAAUUGCGUGGGAUUAUGAAUUACCAAGAAGUGGAGACCUUGAAACACACCAUUAAGCUCCUAACUGUAAUCAAAUGGCACGGGCCAAAAUGCAACAAGUUGAAUUCGAAAUUCUGGAAACGUUUACAAUAUGAAAUGCCUUUUAAGAGAAUAGAACCCAUCACACAUGAGCAGGUUCUAGAUGUCAGUGAGCAGGGACCAUUUGGGGAACUGCAGACGGUCUCAGCAAUCUCCAUGGCUGCUGCUACUUCCACUGCCCUGGCUACUGCCCAUCCUGACAUCCGCUCUACUUUUCAUAACACUUACCAUACACAAAUGCGACAGAAACACUAUUAUAGAAGCUAUGAAUAUGAUGUACCUCCCACCGGCACCCUGCCUCUUACCUCAAUAGGUAACCAGCAUACCUACUGCAACAUACCUAUGACACUAAUUAACGGACAGCGGCCACAGACAAAAACAAACAGGGAGCAGCAUCCAGACGAGGCCCAUACAAACAGUGCUAUUUUGCCGCUUUUGCCAAGGGAGACAAGUAUUUCUAGUGUCAUCUGGUGACAGGAAUGGUAGGGGCACAGCAGCCCCCCACUGGUGGAAGCGUGAAUUGCAGUCUGGUGCCUGGAACUUCAUCCUCGACUGCUGCUGUUAAACAUGCAUUACAAUCGUUUAAAUUUGAGGAAAAACAGGGUCUUGUACAUAUUUUUUUGCAAUUUAUUUGUAGCAUCAGUGUCUUCCUGUUUUACCCAUGUCUAUUGCCAUUACAGUUUUGACUUUAUUUUAUAUGUUAAUGAAUUUUGUCUAGUUACAUUUUUUAAUGAAAAGACUGAUGUAUAGAUAGAAACAUCCUUUAUUCCCUCGCUUUAAAAAUAGUUUUAGAAUGGUUUUGAGUUUUAUUAUUGUUUUUGUUAUUAUUAUUAUUCAUUUUUGGAAUGCUUGAAUCAUUGUGAAUGGAUCAAGAGCAGCAUUCAUUGUGUUGGCUUUUUGGUAAUCUACAUUAAUGAUCCCGGCCUUCAGUGUCAAACAAGGGAAGUAUGCAAGAUUCCAAGAACUAUUUUUUUUUCUUUUUACAAUAUCUCAGCGAAACUGAGCUCAGAUCUGUUUUUAAUCAUUUUGCCCACCCUCCCUGAUGGCAGCAUGCUUGGUUAUACUUUAAGAUGGUCUGAUUGUUUAACUUUGAACUAACUUAAAUGUUUGUCAAACAACAAGAUACCUGGUCUGUAUUUAUUGCUUUGCAGUAACAUAGAUCCUAGAAAGCAAUUUUACUGGAAAAGUAAAAGUUUUUUAUCCACUGUUGAAUUUUAUUUGUUUUGUUUUCAUGGCUUGAUGUCUCGUUUUUGUUUCUUUUUCUUUUUUAGAUUUUGUUGAGUAAAAAAGAAAAAACUUCAAUGUUUAUUGCAAACUUUUUCUCAACCUUAAAAUUACACUUUAUAUUUGUCAAAGCUCUAGUCAACGGAAAAGAUAAAUGCAUUGAUGGGGCUUCUUAUUUUUAUGUAUGGUGGAAUCCAUACCAAAGUUAAGAAGAACAUGCACUACCACAGACUCCUGUAACAUUUUGGAAAUUGUGUUUAAUUUAGCAGAUUUUAGGCAAUUCAAAUGAGUACUCAGGAGGUAUAAAGAACAACAGAUGUGAAUACCAACAUGCAUAUGCCUUUCCAAUAGAUUUCUUGUUCAUAAAAAAUAUCAGACCUGUUAAGUUCAUUUUAUUGAAUAAAGAAGUAUGUUUAUUUUUAAGAUAUGCUUCAAUGAUUGAGAGCUAUAGAAUUGUCAUUUAUUAUUAUUUUCGUACUCUACUACACCUAAACAAUUGAAUUGUAUGCUAUCUUAACAUAAUUGGCGAGUGUUCAUCAAAAGAGUAAAUCGUUUAGGAAUCAUUGCAUAACAAAGAGCUUUAUACCUGAAUCUGGCCCAAAUACUUAUUUUUUUCGAUUAUCUAAUAGCCAACUAAAUAUAGAGGCAUAGAGAGACAUGUACACCUGCACAUUAUAA